AUGGCUGCUAUUGUCAACCACAAAACAUCCUACCCACUGCUGCAUAGACUGUCUGUAAGGACUAUUGAUGAAGAUAUAGAAAGAAUUGAAAAUGGAGCAAGCAGGGCUCACUCAAUCUGUGAGGACUCAUCGUCUGAACUACAGCGCGUUAUUGCAUUGGAUCCAAGAGGCCUUACGGAAUCCCGCAGGAGUUCGUUCACAGGUAGAGGAGGAAUGGCCAGGUUGUCCAGAUUUCUGCUCACAGUACAGAACUGGGCGAUGAGACACCUUGUCGGGGAAGAUCAGCGCCCAGACUCUUUCUUGGAACGGUUUAGAGGUCCUGAGCUUAAAGAAGUGUCAAGCAGGAAUAGUAAUACCCAGUCUUUUGUAGAGAAUCAAGAACGAAUAGAAAAAGCAAACAGGAAAAAGAAAGAAAUAUUUGUGAUUGACCCAGCAAGCAACCUCUACUACCGAUGGCUAUCCAUCAUCUCAAUACCUGUACUUUAUAACUGGUGCUUUCUAGUGUGCAGGGCUUGCUUUGAUGAACUACAGAACAACAAUGUGAUCUUGUGGGUGGUUCUGGAUUAUAUUGCAGAUUUUGUGUACGUUACUGACACACUAGUGAGAUUCAGAACAGGUUUCCUUGAGCAGGGAUUACUGGUUAAAGAUGCCAAGAAGUUAAGGGACUACUACAAAAAGACCUUGCAGUUUAAGCUUGAUAUGUUGUCUCUGGUGCCAACUGAUCUGGCCUACUUAAAGCUGGGGCCAAAGUUUCCCGAACUACGGUUUAAUCGUCUUCUGAGGUUUGCUAGGAUGUUUGAGUUCUUUGAUCGUACCGAAACCCGGACCAAUUAUCCAAAUAUUUUCCGUAUUGGGAACCUUGUUCUCUACAUUCUUAUCAUUAUACACUGGAAUGCCUGCAUCUACUUUGCAAUUUCUAAAGCAAUUGGGUUUGGAACAGACACUUGGGUCUAUCCCAAUAAUUCCCAUCCAGAAUAUGGACGUAUGGCAAGAAAAUACAUUUAUAGUCUUUACUGGUCAACCCUGACCCUUACCACUAUUGGAGAGACCCCACCACCAGUCAAGGAUAUAGAGUUCCUCUUUGUAGUGUUUGAUUUUCUUAUUGGCGUGCUAAUUUUUGCAACCAUUGUUGGUAAUGUAGGUUCCAUGAUUUCAAACAUGAAUGCAUCCAGGGCAGAGUUUCAGUCCAAGAUUGACUCUAUAAAGCAAUAUAUGCAGUUCCGUAAUGUAUCUAAGGAUCUAGAAGCAAGGGUGAUCAAGUGGUUUGAUUAUCUCUGGACAAACAAGAAAACGAUGGAUGAAAAAGAAGUCUUAAAAAGCCUUCCAGAUAAGCUGAAAGCUGAAAUUGCAAUCAAUGUUCAUUUAGACACUUUGAAGAAGGUGAGAAUUUUUCAAGACUGUGAAGCAGGACUGCUGGUGGAAUUAGUGCUAAAGCUGAGGCCUCAAGUGUUUAGUCCUGGAGACUAUAUUUGUAGAAAAGGGGACAUUGGACGUGAAAUGUACAUCAUUAAAGAAGGUAAACUGGCAGUAGUAGCAGAUGAUGGUAUAACUCAGUUUGUGGUACUCAGCGAUGGUAGCUAUUUUGGGGAAAUUAGUAUCCUCAACAUCAAAGGGAGCAAAUCAGGGAACAGAAGGACAGCAAACAUUCGAAGCAUUGGUUAUUCUGAUUUAUUCUGUUUAUCUAAGGAUGAUUUAAUGGAGGCCCUCACUGAGUACCCAGAUGCUAAAACAGUUUUAGAAGAAAAAGGACGACAAAUCCUUAUGAAAGAUGGCCUUAUAGACGAAGAAGUAGCAAAGGCAGGAGCAGACCCAAAAGACCUAGAAGAAAAGGUGGAUAAGAUGGAAACAGCAUUUGAUAGCUUGCAGACUCGAUUUGCCAGAUUAUUAGCUGAUUACAACUCCACACAAUUAAAACUGAAGCAAAGGAUCACUAAAGUUGAGAAACAAAUGAAGAAUUACAACAAUGACGGCAUGUCUGAAGGGCCUGACAGUGCCCCAGAAACAGAUAAGGUGGAAGACAACAAAAACAAAUAA